AUGGCCUUCAGCGGCAAGUAUGAAGUGGAGAGUGAGAAGAAUUAUGAGGCUUUCAUGAAGAAACUCGGUCUCCCCAGCAGCACAGUCGAUAAGGGCCGCAACUUCAAGAUCACAGAGGUGCAGCAGGAUGGACAGACCUUCACCUGGUCCCAGCAGUACCCCGGGGGCCAAUCCAUAACCAACAAGUUCACUGUCGGCCAGGAGUGCGAAAUGGAGACCAUGGGGGGCACGAAGUUCAAGGUCACCGUGAAGAUGGAUGGCGGAAAGGUGGUGGUGGACUUCCCCAACUACAACCAGACCUCAGAGAUCGUGGGUGACAAGCUGGUGGAGGUCUGCACCGUCGGAGGCGUGUCCUAUGAGCGUGUGAGCAAGAGGGUGGCCUGA